AUGAGUUUCGACGCGCCGUUUCUGCGGCAAACGCUGCUGGAUGCGGCAAAGGACGGCGACUUGGACACGGUCGUCCACACGUUGGACGAGGGCGGCGCGUCGAUUGCGAACCUGAUCGACAGCGUGGACGCCGCCACGGGCAUGACCGCGCUCCACCAUUGCUGCAUGCGCGGGUUUGUCGACAUUGUGUGCUACUUGGUUCGUCACGGCGCGGCCGUCGACGCCCUCGACCAUUUCAACAAGACGCCCCUCCAUCAUGCGUGUCACUUUGGCUUUCCAGAGGUUGUGUUCGUCCUCCUCGACAGCGGUCGAGUCCACGUCGAAAAGCUGUACUACAUGAACGCGGCCAAGCUAACGUGUCUACAAACGGCCGCUGCCAAAGGACACAUCACGAUCCUGCGCCUCCUUCUCUUGCACGGCGAUGUCGUCGACGGCGUGAAUUCUGUUGGCGAAACGGCGCUGCAUCUGGCCGCGGCACACAACCAUCUUGACAUUGUCGACGUGUUGGUGUCGUGCGGGGCCAACCCCCAACAAUCCACCACGGCUACGGGUGAUACCCCCCUGCACUAUGCGUGCCGCGCGGGAUCCACGGAGGUUGCUGUGUACUUGGUUGGCCUCGGGCAAUCCAUUCACGACCCGAACACGGACAUCGUUGCGGAAUCCGCUCUCCAGUUGGCCAGGCAAGGGCGACACUCGGUGCUUGCCAACGCCAUCGUCGAGAAAGCCUACCUGGACGCGACAGCGAAAGCGGACGCCGAUCGAGUCCAUGCAAUGCGGCAGCAAAAGGUGCACGAGAUGGAGGCGAUUCGAACGUACUUGAAAGCGAUGCGCCAUGGCGAGGCGGCAGCCCGCGCGAACGAAGCGCUUGCAGCAUUUCCACGCUUAAAGCACGUGUAA